CGGGGCCAAAUCAAAACAUUUGUCAAUCUAUAUAUCUUUCAUCCUUCGCCUGAGAAGAAGGAAACUUGCAAAGAACGAGCAAAGAAAAAAUUUCCGUCGGCGAAUCGUUACGCCCUAAGAAGAUCAAUAAUCCCAGGCGAGAGACUGAGCCUUGUUUUUGAUUCACGUCACAACUUCCGAUUAUGUCGUCGGAGGUGAAACAGCUGAUCGUCGUUGCCGAAGGCACUGCCGCGUUGGGCCCUUAUUGGCAGACCAUUGUCUCCGACUAUCUCGAGAAAAUUAUCAGGUCUUUCUGUGGCACUGAAUUAAAUGGAGAGAGGAACCCUGUUUCUAAUGUUGAGCUAUCACUGGUCGUCUUCAAUUCUCAUGGUUCAUAUUGUGCUUGCUUGGUACAACGGAGUGGCUGGACAAGAGAUGUUGUGGCUUUCGUCCAUACAAUUUGCCGGUGGUGGUUUCAAUGAGGCUGCCACAGCCGAAGGACUUUCGGAAGCAUUGAUGAUGUUUUCUCCUCCUUCAGGCCAAGCUCAACCAAGUAACGAUUUGAAAAGGCACUGUAUCUUAAUCACAGCCAGCAACCCUUACUCAUUACCAACACCUGUAUAUCGUCCGAAAGUACCAAACGCGGAACGGAAUGAAAAUGGCGAUGUGCAAUCUCAAAGUCGUUUAUCAGAUGCCGAGACAGUGGCAUCGUAUUUUUCUAUGUGCUCUGUCUCUUUGUCUGUUGUGUGCCCAAAGCAGCUUCCAAAGAUUAGAGCACUAUACAAUGCGGGAAAGCUCAAUCCAAAAAGUGCGGACUUGUCACUAGACACGGUUAAGAACACAUUCUAUCUUGUCUUGAUCUCAGAGAAUUUUGUGGAAGCACGUGCUGCCUUAAGUCAUUCUGCAACAAAUAUGGCACAGAACCCAAGCCCUAUGAAUAUCGACAGGGCCACUGUUGCUCCAUCUCUUCCAGUCACUGGGCAGCCUCCAGCUCCUGUGCCAUCAGGUUCCGCCAAUGGACCUAUUCUUAAUCGGCAACCAGUUUCUGUUGGACCAGUUCCAACUGCUACUGUGAAAGUUGAGCCUAGCACUGUAUCUUCAAUGGCAGCAGUUUCAACUUUUCCCCAUAUCCCGUCUGUAGCUCGGCCUGCUACACAAGCAAUUCCUUCGAUUCAAACAUCUUCAGCAUCGCCGGUUUCUCAAGAAAUGGUCACCAACGCCGAGAAUGCACCAGAUGUUAAGCCUGUGGUUAGUGGAAUGACGCCACCAUUGCGUACUGGUCCUCCUGGUGGAGCUAAUGUAAAUCUGCUGAAUAAUCUUUCUCAAGUCCGACAAGUCAUGAGCUCUGCAGCUCUGGCCGGUGCAGCCUCGUCGGCUGGGCAAAGUGCGGUUGCAAUGCAUAUGUCAAAUAUGAUAUCAACAGGAAUGGCUACAUCUCUGCCUCCUUCACAAACUGUGUUUUCAUCUGGACAGCAGGGAAUUACUUCAGUGGCUGGUUCGGGACAAAGCCCUGGUCCUAACAACGCCUUUAGUCCUCAAACUACGUCAAAUGUUGCUUCAAACCUUGGUGUUUCUCAACCAAUGCCAGGGAUGAACCAAGGAAGUCAUUCUGGAGCACAGAUGAUGCAAGGAGGAAUCUCCAUGAAUCAAAACAUGAUGAGUGGUCUCGGUCAAGGAAAUGUCUCCUCUGGAACAGGAGGAAUGAUGCCUACUCCAGGAGUUGGCCAACAAGCGCAAUCAGGAAUACAACAACUUGGUGGCAGUAACAGUUCAGCUCCUAAUAUGCAGUUGUCACAGCCAUCAUCGGGGGCUCUGCAGACUUCACAGUCCAAAUAUGUAAAAGUGUGGGAGGGAAAUUUAUCUGGGCAACGACAAGGGCAGCCUGUUCUUAUCACCAGACUUGAGGGUUACCGAAGUGCCUCUGCCUCUGAUUCGUUGGCAGCGAACUGGCCACCAACUAUGCAGAUUGUUCGUCUCAUAUCCCAGGAUCAUAUGAACAACAAGUACUAUCUUCGUACUAUAGCUCUCCUUAUAUCCACCAGGCAAUAUGUUGGCAAAGCUGACUUCCUUGUGUUUCGGGCCAUGAGUCAACAUGGGUUUUUAGGACAACUUCAGGAUAAGAAGCUUUGUGCAGUCAUCCAGCUGCCAUCACAGACGCUGCUUCUCUCCGUCUCUGACAAGGCCUGCCGUUUGAUUGGAAUGCUUUUCCCAGGGCAGCAGCAGCCUCAACAGAUGGUUGGGUCAGGAGUAAUGGGUGGUCAAGGUUUUGCACAAGCUCCUGGAAGAUCGCAACAAGGAGGUGGUGGUGGUGGUGGUGGUGGGCAGCCGAACAUGCCAGGAGCUGGCUUCAUGGGAUAA